UGAAGCUGCCAGAAAAAAAUCCAAAGACUCCAGAGGAAGCUCUUGAAAUCCCUUCUGCAGCAUUGCGAUCAGUGAAUUAUUACAUUCAGCACACUGGAACGCCGAGUAUCUCCCCCGCACCGUACUAGGCAGCUUGACUCACGUCAGCUGCAUUAACCUGGUAGGUAUCAGGCACUUUUAAGUGGAUUGAUUAUCACAAGUUCUAUAUCUUUUGACCCCGCCAUCUACUCUUGACCACUACUCGAGCCUCUCUUCUCUAUCACAUCGACAAUGGCAUCACCAAACACCACUGCCAAUAUCGUCGAGCUAGCUGCUCAGAUCAGCACUGCCGUCGCUCAACUCCAAGAGCAGCUCUCAGCCCAAGGCGCGCCAAGCCCUUCCUUUGCUGAGGACAGUCCUGAAAACUUCCCCCCUAAUGUCUCCCAUCUUAAGGAUACCAUCCUCGAUGCAACUGCUAAUCUCCACGAGAUGCUCCUGGAUCCCCUCGCACUGCUCUUCAAGUUUGCUUCUAUCUCCAAUCUGGUCAGCAUCGACGCGAUCUGCCGCUACAAGAUCCCUGAUAUGAUCCCCCCUGGUGGUCAAAUAUCUUUCGAGGAGAUUGCUGAAAAGACUGGCCUUCAGAAGGGUGUUGUUAGACGCUUUCUUAGACACGCUAUGGCCAUGCAUAUCCUGAGAGAAGUGGAGCCUGAAAUGGUGGCACAUACCAGUAUCUCCAAGUUCUUGACGAUUCCGUAUAUUAAUGGCUGGGUUAACUUUGAAAGCAAGGAUACUUGGCCUGCGACUACUAGGGUUGUAGACGCGAUUCAGAAGUGGCCAAAUUCUCAAGAACCCAACGAGACUGGUUUCGUUCUUGCCAAUAACGGCAAGACGGUCCAAGAGGUUGUCACUACCGACCCUGAGCGAGCGAUGCGCUUUGGAACUGGAAUGCAAGCUAUCAACCAUGUUCCGGGUUACGCUAUCGAAAAAGUUUCUACGGUUUAUGAUUGGACUUCCCUGGGAGACGCACGCAUCGUCAAUGUUGGUGGAUCUCGAGGUCAAGCCGCCAUCGAGCUAGCCAAGAACUUUGGUAAUAUCAAGCUACUUGUCCAAGAUGGAGCAGGCAUGAUUCAAGGCGCUGAAUCAGGAGUCCCCGAGGAGUUGAAAGGAUGCGUUGAGUUUAUGCCACAUACUCUCUUCGAACCGCAGACCGUUGAGGCACCUGUCUAUUUCUUCCGCAUGGUCUUCCGCGGUUUGGGCGACAAAUACGCCGUCGAAGUCUUGAAGGCACAAAUUCCGGUCCUUCGACCUGGUGUAAAGAUCCUCCUUCAAGAUGUAGUCAUGCCAGAGCCAGGCGCCAUCCCAUUGUGUAGAGAGCGAGUUGCUAGGGCUGUCGAUUUGGCUCUAGAAUGCUUCUCCAACGGUCGUGAACGAUACUUGGACGAAUGGAAGGCCCUACUUGCUGCUGCAGAUAAGCGAUUUGUCCUUCAUAAGGUCUAUGUACCCAAGGAUUCUUUGUUGGGAAUCUUGGAGGUUCACUGGGACGAAUCUGGUGCUGGAGAGGUCUGAAGGAGUAUCGACCAAAUAAUGGGCAGCAGAUCUCAGGUUCUACGUGUCUCGGUCACUUUCACGAGGGUCACCACGGACAUGGUGGUGCACUUGCUAGACUCAUUUUGCGGUGUUAUUCCAGGUUCUGAAGAUACCUGAUUCUGAUCAUUAUGAAGUGUUUGCUAGGGCGGCAAAUGGAGUUGCUUUUCUCGAGCU